AUGCCAAGCCAGCAGACUGUCCAGACCAAAGGCAUCUACCACGGUCUCCCCGUGUACCCUUCUUCAGCCAAAGGCCUCACAGCAAUUAUUACAGGCGCAAAUGGCAUCUCAGGCAAUUAUAUGUUGCGCGUACUGGCGCAGAGUCCAGAGAGAUGGACAAAGAUAUACUGCUUGUCGAGGCGCCCACCAGCUAUCCCCAAUGGUCUUCCUAAGAAUGCCGAACACAUUGCUUUAGACUUCUUAGACCACCCUGAAGACAUUGCCAAAGCUCUCAAGGAGAAGGAAGUCACUGCAGAUUACGUCUUCUUCUACAGCUAUGUGCAAGUAAAGCCCAAGGAAGGUGGUGGCUUGUGGAGUGAUGCGGAGGAAAUGUGUAGGGUUAAUGUGGCAUUGCUGCAGAAUUUCCUCUUAGCACUCUCAUUUGCAUCUAUCUAUCCCAAGCGUAUUAUGCUUCAGACUGGAGCGAAAAACUACGGCGUACAUCUUGGGCCCGCUGCCACGCCCCAGGAAGAAACAGCACCCCGCGUGACUCUCGAGCCCAAUUUCUAUUACCCACAGGAAGACCUCCUCUGGUCUUUCUGCAAAACCCACAGUAUCGACUGGAACAUUUGCAUGCCUGCAAGCAUCCUCGGUGCCGUCCCAGACGCCGCCAUGAACCUCGUAUUCCCGCUCGGCAUCUACGCCAGCGUUCAAAAGCAUCUGGGCAAGAAACUGGAGUUCCCCUGUGAUUUGCAAGCUUGGGAGCUGAACUGCUGCAUGAGCAGUAGCAGAAUGAAUGCUUACCUGGAGGAGUGGGCAGUCUUGAACGAUUCCGCCAAGAAUGAAAAGUUUAAUACCAUGGAUGGCACAACAUUUACAUGGGGCAACUUUUGGCCCAAAUACGCGACCUGGUAUGGCAUGCCAUACGGACGGCCCAGCCUGAACGAGCACGAGUAUACCAAGAUAACGAGCAAGUAUGACCCACCGCCGCGCGGAUGGGGACCGCCGGCAACCUACCGUGUGCGAUUUCGGCUCGCGGACUGGGCAAAGCAAGGUGAAGUGCAGAAGGCGUGGGAAGAGCUUACAGAAAAGCACAGCCUUACGGGAGGUAAGCUGCAGGAUAUGGAUAUAGAACGCAUCUUCGGGUUCACCGAUGGGAGUCUGAUAGGUUUGAAUUUGGACCUGACCAUGAACAAGGCUAGAAAAAUGGGAUGGCAUGGAUUCGUGGACUCGAAUGAUGCAAUUAGGGAAGUGCUCGAGGAGUUUGCUGAUCUCAAACUUAUUCCCCCUGUGAGCCACAGAGACACCUCGCGGGCUGGUCUCUGA